ACUACCUCCGUCUCAUUGUCUUUGUCCAGUUUUGACUUUUGGAACUGUUCAUCUAAGCACUUUGACUCAUCAAAUUCUCUCAAUGUGUAAGCCUAAAAAUAGUCAUGUGUGAUCUUGUUUGAUUCGUCUUAACAUAUAGAUUAUUAAUAUAUAAUUUUUAUAAUUUUUUAAUAUAGAAAUUACAAGAUAAAAUGGAUUGAAAAAGUGCAUUGGAUGGUGUGCCAAAAGGAUACCACUCCUUCGGAAAACCACUAGCGCCGCGGGCCCCACCUCCAAAAACUCACUCUAUCUUCAUCUUUUCCUUUAUAUAACCUCCCCGUCCCCCGUUUUCCCCUUCCUCCAUUUUCUAUCCAAUCGUUUGAAGCUCUAUCGGAGAAGAAGGAAGAAGAUUCUAGAACCAUGCGGAUGAGCUGUAACGGAUGCCGCGUUCUCCGGAAAGGAUGCAACGAGAAAUGCUCGAUCAAGCCUUGCCUCCAGUGGAUCAAGUCGCCGGAAGCUCAAUCCAACGCCACCGUCUUCCUCGCCAAGUUCUACGGCCGCGCCGGACUUCUCAACCUCAUCAACGCCGGUCCCGAUCACCUCCGUCCCGCGAUUUUUAGAUCUCUGUUGUACGAAGCGUGCGGGCGAAUUGUGAAUCCGAUUUACGGAUCGGCGGGGCUGUUGUGGUCCGGCAACUGGCAGCUUUGUCAGGCGGCGGUCGAGGCCGUGCUCGGCGGCGCGCCGAUCACGAAGCUCUCGCCGGACUCCGCCGCCUGCACCAUGAGCCCUUCCAUGAAAGCCUGCGACAUCCGCCACGUGUCCAAGGAGGAGAAUUCCGGCCCCUCUGCCGUGCCUCCGCGGGAUCUCCACGCGAUUCACGGCCGGAGACCGUUCAAGCGGGUCGGGUCGGCGAAACCGAAGAGGAGUGCGUGCUCGUCCGAGGUGGACGACGCCGCUCGGGUGAUGUGGAGCUGGAACCACAAGGACGGCGGCGUCCGGUCCCCUAGCCGGUACUCCGAGGAGCUGAGCCAAAAUGGGGAGAGCGGCGGCGACGGAAACAGCGCGUCAGUGGAGACGGUUGAGGCUUCCUUAGCGAGGCCGGACGAUGAGAGCGAGGUCGAGCUGGACCUGACUCUCGGCUUGGAACCAAUGACCAGACACCGGAAACCGCCGCCGGCUGAAACCGAUUGUAGAAUGGAACUGUAAGUUAUUACUGGAUCACAUAGCAUAACCUCAAAAAGACCAUUUUGACCUCAGAUGUAAUAGUAUUAUCUCCUUUUUUGUCCUAGGUUUUUUUUUGUGGUGAUUGAGAUGUAAUUUCAUAGGCUAUGUUAUUAUUCAUAUCCGCCAAUAUUUCGGAAUUUUAAAAAAUAAAACUCUUGGAGUACAUUAUAUUAAAUUAUAAUUACAAAAAUAAAAUUUCUAUAUACAU